GACAGCUCUAAGCACCUGUUACUCUACCAGCAAGCAUAUCACCUUCCUGGACUAUGUUCUGAUAUAUGGAGACUUGUACUAUAGGGAAUAAAGGAUGGGAAAAUAUAUCAUCUGGGUUUUUGUUCUUGCCAGCCUUUUGGGGGUUUCUGCUACAGAUCCAACUACAGAUGAUGGCUGUACUACGGAGACUACAACGGAGAGCACUUCGGGUACACGAGGGAAUACAACAGAAAACAUACCAGUAACUAUAGCAAGUACAGCUGAUUGGAUAUCUAGCACGACAGAUUCUAUUGCAACAACAAGUCUAAUCGUGCCGAACGAAAACCCCAGCCCAGAGAGCAGUUCUACUGCAACACCAAAUCCACUCAACACAAAUGAACAAAGUACAGAUAUCAGCUAUAGUGAUCAAUCAUUUGGGAGUAGCACAGAACCAAUUACUUCACUAAGCAACAUUAGUUUACCUUCUGGGCAAAGUACAGCUGAAAAAACAUUUAAUACAGAAAGCAGCUCAUCUGCAGAUCCAAUCUUGACUACAACUAAUGAAAUAUUUUCCAAUGCAGCAACAGACGUAACUGUGAAUGGAGAAAUCACUACCCCAGAGAGCAGCUCUAGUGCAACACCACAUCAUAUUAGCAGUGAAGAACUAAAUACACCUUUGGGCAACACUAGCCCUCCUACUGGGCAAAGCACAAGUAAAGAAAUCAUUAACACAGAGAGCAGCUCAUCUGCAGAUCCUAUAUUGACUACAACUAAUGAAAUAGUUUCCAGUGAAGCAACAGACAUAACUGUGAAUGGAGAAUUCACUACCAAAGAGAGCAGCUCUAGUGCAACACCAAAUCCUAUUAGCACUGAAGAACCAAUUACACCUUUGAGCAACACUGCUCCAUCUUCUGAGCAAAGCACAACUGAAGCAACCUUUAUCACACAGAGCAGCUCAUCUGCAGUGCAAUUUACUACAACUAAUGUAAUCAUUUCUAGUGCUGCAUCAGACAUAACAGAGACUGGAGAAAUCAAAACCACAGAGAGCAGCUCAAGUGCAACGCCACAUCCUAUUAGCACUGAAGAACCAAUUACAACAUUGACCAACGCUGCUCCACUUGCUGAGCAAAGCACAACUGAAGCAAUCUUUAUCACACAGAGCAGCUCAUCUACAGUGAAUAUAUUGACAACAGCUAACCUGAUAACAAAUGAAAUUGUUUCUAGUAUAGCAACAGAAGUGACUAUGAAUGGAGAAAUACCUACCCUAGAGAUCAGCUCAAGUGCACCACCACAUCCGAUUAGCACUGAAGAACAAAUUACACCUUUCAGCAGCACUGGUCCACCUUCUGAGGAAAGCACAGCUGAAGAAACCUUCACCACAGCUGGCAGUUCAUCAGCAGAGCAAUUUACUACAAUUAAUGAAAUAAUUUCUACUGCAGCAACAUACAUCACAGAGACUGGAGAAAUCACAACCACAGGGAGCAGCUCAAGUGCAACACCACAUCCAAUUAGCACUGACGAGCCAAUUACACCUUUGAGCAACACUGCUCUACCUUCUGAGCAAAGCACAACUGAAGAAACCUACAGCACAGCGAGCAGCUCAUCCACAGUGCCUAUAAUGGCUACGACUAAUGAAAUAGUUUCUAGUGCUGCAUCAGAUGUAAUGGAGACUGGAGAAAUCACUACCACAGAGAGCAGCUCAAGUGCAACACCAAAUCCUAUUAGCACUGAAGAACCAAUUAAACCUUUGAGCAGCACUGCUCCACCUUCUGACCAAAGCACAACUGAAGCAACCUUUAGCACACAGAGUAGUUCAUUUGCAGUGCAAUUGACUACAACUAAUGAAAUAGUUUCAAGUUCUGUCUCAGACAUAACUCAGAAUGGAGAAAUCACUACACCAGAGAGCAGCUCAAGUGCAACAACAAAUCCUAUUGGCACUGAAGAACCAAUUACUAUUUUGAGCAACACUAAUCCACCUUCUGAACAAAGCAAAACUGAAGAAACAUCUAGCAUAGAGAGCAAUUCAUCCACAGUGCCAUUAAUGACUACGAAUAAUGAAAUAGUUUCUAGUGCUGCAUCAGACAUAAUGGAGACUGGUGAAAGCACAACUGUAGUAACCUUUAACACAGAGAGCAGCUCAUCUGCAGUACAAUUGACUACACCUAAUGAAAUGGUUUCAAGUGCUGCAUCAGACAUAACUGAGACCGAAGGAAUCACUACUGCAGAGAGUAGCUCAAGUGCAACAACAAAUCCUAUUAACACUGAUGAACGAAUUACUAUUUCGAGCAACACUAUCCCACCUUCUGAACAAAGCACAACUGAAGAAACAUUUAGCAUAGAGAGCAGCUCAUCCACAGUACCUAUAAUAACUAUGACUAAUGAAAUAGUUUCUAGUGCUGCAUCAGACGUAACAGUGACUGGAGAAAUCACUACCACAGAAAGCAGCUCAUCUGCAGUGCAGUUGACUACAUCCAAAGAAAUAGUUUCAAGUGCAGCAUCAGACAUAACUGAGACUGGAGAAAUCACUACCCCACAGAGCAGCUCAAGUGCACCAACAGAGAGCGACUCAUCUGCAAUGCAAUUGACUACAACUAAUGAAAUAGUUUCUAGUGCUGCAUCAGACAUAACUGAGACCGGAGAAAUCACUACUCCAAAGAGCAGCUCAAGUGCAGCAACAAGUCCUAUUGGCACUGUAGAACCAAUUACUAUUUCAAGCAACACUAAUACAUCUUCUGAACAAAGCACAACUGAAGAAACAUUUAGCAUAGAGAGCAGUUCAUUCACAGUGCCUAUAAUGACUACAAAUAAUGAAAUAGUUUCUAGUGCAGCAUCAGACAUAACUGAUACUGGAGAAAUCGUUACCCCUCAGAGCAGCUCAAGUGCACCACCAAAUCCUUUAAGCACUGAAGAACCAAUUACAACUUUGACCAAUACUGCUCCACCUUCUAAGCAAAGUACAGCUGAAGCAACCUUUAGCACAGAGAGCAGCUCAUCUGCAGUGCAAUUGACUACAACCAAUGAAAUAGUUUCAAAUGCUACAAAAGACAUAACUGAGUCCAGAGAAAUCAAUACCUCAGAGAGCAGUUGGAGUGCCACAACAAAUCCUAUUGGCACUGUAGAACCAAUUACUAUUUCGAGGAACACUAAUCCACUUUCUGAACAAAGUACAACUGAAGAAACAUUUAGCACAGAGAGCAGUUCAUUCACAGUGCCUAUAAUGACUACAACUAAUGAAAUAGUUUCUAGUGCAGCAUCAGAUAUCACUGAGACUGGAGAAAUCGCUACCCCACAGAGCAGCUCAAGUGCCCAACCAAAUCCUUUAAGCACUGAAGAGCCAAUUACAACUUUGACAAAUACUGCUCCACCUUCUGAGCAAAAUACAGCUGAAGCAACCUUUAGCACAGAGAGCAGCUCAUUUGCAGUGCAAUUGACUACAACCAAUGAAAUAGUUUCAAGUGCUACAUCAGACAUAACUGAGUCCAGAGAAAUCACUACCUCAGAGAGCAGCUCAAGCGCAACAACAACUCCUAUUGGCACUGUAGAACCAAUUACUAUUUUAAGCAACACUAAUCCACCUUCUGAACAAAGUACAACUGAAGAAACAUUUAGCACAGAGAGCAGCUCAUCUGCAGUGCAAUUGACUACAACUAAUGAAAUAGUUUCAAGUGCUACAUCAGACAUAACUGAGUCCAGAGAAAUCACUAACUCAGAGAGCAGCUCGAGUUCAACAACAAAUCCUAUUGGCACUGUAGAACCAAUUAUUAUUUCAAGCAACACUAAUCCACCUUCUGAACAAAGCACAACUGAAGAAACAUUUAGCAUAGAGAGCAGCUCAUCCACAGUGACUAUAAUGACUACGACUAAUAAAAUAGUUUCUACUGCAGCAUCAGACGUAACUGAGACUGGAGAAAUCGGUAGCCCAGGGAGCAGCUCAAGUGCACCACCAAAUCCUUUAAGCACUGAAGAACCAAUUACAAAUUUGACCAAUAAUGCUCCACCUUCUGAGCAAAUUACAGCUGAAGCAACCUUUAGCACAGAGAGCAGCUCAUCUGCAGUGCAAUUGACUACAACCUAUGAAAUAGUUUCAAGUGCUACACCAGACUUAACUGAGUCCAGAGAAAUCACUACCUCAGAGAGCAGCUCGAGUGCAACAACAAAUUCUAUUGGCACUGUAGAACCAAUUACUAUUUCGAGCAACACUAAUCCACCUUCUGAUCAAAGUACAACUGAAGAAACAUUUAGCACAGAGAGCAGCUCAUCUGCAGUGCAAUUGACUACAACCAAUGAAAUAGUUUCAAGUGCUACAUCAGACAUAACUGAGUCCAGAGAAGUCACUACCUCAGAGAGCAGCUCGAGUGCAACAACAACUCCUCUUGGCACUGUAGAACCAAUUACUAUUUCAAGCAACACUAAUCAACCGUCUGAACAGAGCACAACUGAAGAAACAUUUAGCAUAGAGAGCAGCUCAUCCACAGUGACUAUAAUGACUACGACUAAUGAAAUAGUUUCUACUGCAGCAUCAGACGUAACUGAGACUGGAGAAAUCGGUACCCCAGGGAGCAGCUCAAAAGCACCACCAAAUCCUUUAAGCACUGUAGAACCAAUUACUAUUUCGAGCAACACUAAUCCACCUUCUGAGCAAAGUACAGCUGAAGCAACCUUUAGCACAGAGAGCAGCUCAUCUGCAGUGCAAUUGACUACAACCAAUGAAAUAGUUUCAAGUUCUACACCAGACAUAACUGAGUCCAGAGAAAUCACUACCUCAGAGAGCAGCUCGAGUGCAACAACAAAUUCUAUUGGCACUGUAGAACCAAAUACUAUUUCGAGCAACACUAAUCUACCUUCUGAACAAAGUACAACUGAAGAAACAUUUAGCAUAGAGAGCAGCUCAUCUGCAGUGCAAUUGACUACAACCAAUGAAAUAGUUUCAAGUGCUACAUCAGACAUAACUGAGUCCAGAGAAGUCACUACCUCAGAGAGCAGCUCGAGUGCAACAACAAAUCCUAUUGGCACUGUAGAACCAAUUACUAUUUCGAGCAACACUAAUCUACCUUCUGAACAAAGUACAACUGAAGAAACAUUUAGCAUAGAGAGCAGCUCAUCUGCAGUGCAAUCAACUACAACCAAUGAAAUAGUUUCAAGUGCUACAUCAGACAUAACUGAGUCCAGAGAAGUCACUACCUCAGAGAGCAGCUCGAGUGCAACAACAAAUCCUAUUGGCACUGUAGAACCAAUUACUAUUUCAAGCAACACUAAUCCACCGUCUGAACAAAGCACAACUGAAGAAACAUUUAGCAUAGAGAGCAGCUCAUCCACAGUGACUAUAAUGACUACAACUAAUGAAAUAGUUUCUACUGCAGCAUCAGACAUAACUGAGACUGGAGAAAUCGGUACCCCAGGGAGCAGCUCAAAAGCACCACCAAAUCCUUUAAGCACUGAAGAACCAAUUACAACUUUGACCAAUAAUGCUCCAACUUCUGAGCAAAGUACAGCUGAAGCAACCUUUAGCACAGAGAGCAGCUCAUCUGCAGUGCAAUUGACUACAACCAAUGAAAUAGUUUCAAGUGCUACAUCAGACAUAACUGAGUCCAGAGAAAUCACUACCUCAGAGAGCAGCUCAAGCGCAACAACAAAUCCUGUUGGCACUGUAGAACUAAUUACUAUUUCAAGCAACACUAAUCCACCUUCUGAACAAAGUACAACUGAAGAAACAUUUAGCACAGAGAGCAGCUCAUCUGCAGUGCAAUUGACUACAACUAAUGAAAUAGUUUCAAGUGCUACGUCAGACAUAACUGAGUCCAGAGAAAUCACUAACUCAGAGAGCAGCUCGAGUUCAACAACAAAUCCUAUUGGCACUGUAGAACCAAUUAUUAUUUCAAGCAACACUAAUCCACCUUCUGAACAAAGCACAACUGAAGAAACAUUUAGCAUAGAGAGCAGCUCAUCCACAGUGACUAUAAUGACUACGACUAAUAAAAUAGUUUCUACUGCAGCAUCAGACGUAACUGAGACUGGAGAAAUCGGUAGCCCAGGGAGCAGCUCAAGUGCACCACCAAAUCCUUUAAGCACUGAAGAACCAAUUACAAAUUUGACCAAUAAUGCUCCACCUUCUGAGCAAAGUACAGCUGAAGCAACCUUUAGCACAGAGAGCAGCUCAUCUGCAGUGCAAUUGACUACAACCUAUGAAAUAGUUUCAAGUGCUACACCAGACUUAACUGAGUCCAGAGAAAUCACUACCUCAGAGAGCAGCUCGAGUGCAACAACAAAUUCUAUUGGCACUGUAGAACCAAUUACUAUUUCGAGCAACACUAAUCCACCUUCUGAUCAAAGUACAACUGAAGAAACAUUUAGCACAGAGAGCAGCUCAUCUGCAGUGCAAUUGACUACAACCAAUGAAAUAGUUUCAAGUGCUACACCAGACAUAACUGAGUCCAGAGAAAUCACUACCUCAGAGAGCAGCUCGAGUGCAACAACAAAUUCUAUUGGCACUGUAGAACCAAUUACUAUUUCGAGCAACACUAAUCUACCUUCUGAACAAAGUACAACUGAAGAAACAUUUAGCAUGGAGAGCAGCUCAUCUGCAGUGCAAUCGACUACAACCAAUGAAAUAGUUUCAAGUGCUACAUCAGACAUAACUGAGUCCAGAGAAGUCACUACCUCAGAGAGCAGCUCGAGUGCAACAACAAAUCCUAUUGGCACUGUAGAACCAAUUACUAUUUCAAGCUACACUAAUCCACCUUCUGAACAAAGCACAACUGAAGAAACAUUUAGUAUAGAGAGCAGCUCAUCCACAGUGACUAUAAUGACUACAACUAAUGAAAUAGUUUCUACUGCAGCAUCAGACGUAACUGAGACUGGAGAAAUCGGUACCCCAGGGAGCAGCUCAAAAGCACCACCAAAUCCUUUAAGCACUGAAGAACCAAUUACAACUUUGACCAAUAAUGCUCCACCUUCUGAGCAAAGUACAGCUGAAGCAACCUUUAGCACAGAGAGCAGCUCAUCUGCAGUGCAAUUGACUACAACCAAUGAAAUAGUUUCAAGUGCAACACCAGACAUAACUGAGUCCAGAGAAAUCACUACCUCAGAGAGCAGCUCGAGUGCAACAACAAAUUCUAUUGGCACUGUAGAACCAAUUACUAUUUCGAUCAACACUAAUCUACCUUCUGAACAAAGUACAACUGAAGAAACAUUUAGCAUAGAGAGCAGCUCAUCUGCACUGCAAUCAACUACAACCAAUGAAAUAGUUUCAAGUGCUACAUCAGACAUAACUGAGUCCAGAGAAGUCACUACCUCAGAGAGCAGCUCGAGUGCAAAAACAAAUCCUAUUGGCACUGUAGAACCAAUUACUAUUUCGAGCAACACUAAUCUACCUUCUGAACAAAGUACAACUGAAGAAACAUUUAGCAUAGAGAGCAGCUCAUCUGCAGUGCAAUCAACUACAACCAAUGAAAUAGUUUCAAGUGCUACAUCAGACAUAACUGAGUCCAGAGAAGUCACUACCUCAGAGAGCAGCUUGAGUGCAACAACAAAUCCUAUUGGCACUGUAGAACCAAUUACUAUUUCAAGCAACACUAAUCCACCGUCUGAACAAAGCACAACUGAAGAAACAUUUAGCAUAGAGAGCAGCUCAUCCACAGUGACUAUAAUGACUACAACUAAUGAAAUAGUUUCUACUGCAGCAUCAGACGUCACUGAGACUGGAGAAAUCGGUACCCCAGGGAGCAGCUCAAAAGCACCACCAAAUCCUUUAAGCACUGAAGAACCAAUUACAACUUUGACCAAUAAUGCUCCACCUUCUGAGCAAAGUACAGCUGAAGCAACCUUUAGCACAGAGAGCAGCUCAUCUGCAGUGCAAUUGACUACAACCAAUGAAAUAGUUUCAAGUGCUACAUCAGACAUAACUGAGUCCAGAGAAAUCACUACCUCAGAGAGCAGCUCGAGUGCAACAACAAAUUCUAUUGGCACUGUAGAACCAAUUACUAUUUCGAGCAACACUAAUCUACCUUCUGAACAAAGUACAACUGAAGAAACAUUUAGCAUAGAGAGCAGCUCAUCUGCAGUGCAAUUGACUACAACCAAUGAAAUAGUUUCAAGUGCUACAUCAGACAUAACUGAGUCCAGAGAAAUCACUACCUCAGAGAGCAGCUCGAGUGCAACAACAAAUCCUAUUGGCACUGUAGAACCAAUUACUAUUUCGAGCAACACUAAUCUACCUUCUGAACAAAGUACAACUGAAGAAACAUUUAGCAUAGAGAGCAGCUCAUCUGCAGUGCAAUCAACUACAACCAAUGAAAUAGUUUCAAGUGCUACAUCAGACAUAACUGAGUCCAGAGAAGUCACUACCUCAGAGAGCAGCUCGAGUGCAACAACAAAUCCUAUUGGCACUGUAGAACCAAUUACUAUUUCAAGCAACACUAAUCCACCGUCUGAACAAAGCACAACUGAAGAAACAUUUAGCAUAGAGAGCAGCUCAUCCACAGUGACUAUAAUGACUACAACUAAUGAAAUAGUUUCUACUGCAGCAUCAGACGUAACUGAGACUGGAGAAAUCGGUACCCCAGGGAGCAGCUCAAAAGCACCACCAAAUCCUUUAAGCACUGAAGAACCAAUUACAACUUUGACCAAUAAUGCUCCACCUUCUGAGCAAAGUACAGCUGAAGCAACCUUUAGCACAAAGAGCAGCUCAUCUGCAGUGCAAUUGACUACAACCAAUGAAAUAGUUUCAAGUGCUACACCAGACAUAACUGAGUCCAGAGAAAUCACUACCUCAGAGAGCAGCUCGAGUGCAACAACAAAUUCUAUUGGCACUGUAGAACCAAUUACUAUUUCGAUCAACACUAAUCUACCUUCUGAACAAAGUACAACUGAAGAAACAUUUAGCAUAGAGAGCAGCUCAUCUGCAGUGCAAUUGACUACAACCAAUGAAAUAGUUUCAAGUGCUACAUCAGACAUAACUGAGUCCAGAGAAGUCACUACCUCAGAGAGCAGCUCGAGUGCAACAACAAAUCCUAUUGGCACUGUAGAACCAAUUACUAUUUCGAGCAACACUAAUCUACCUUCUGAACAAAGUACAACUGAAGAAACAUUUAGCAUAGAGAGCAGCUCAUCUGCAGUGCAAUCAACUACAACCAAUGAAAUAGUUUCAAGUGCUACAUCAGACAUAACUGAGUCCAGAGAAGUCACUACCUCAGAGAGCAGCUCGAGUGCAACAACAAAUUCUAUUGGCACUGUAGAACCAAUUACUAUUUCAAGCAACACUAAUCCACCGUCUGAACAAAGCACAACUGAAGAAACAUUUAGCAUAGAGAGCAGCUCAUCCACAGUGACUAUAAUGACUACAACUAAUGAAAUAGUUUCUACUGCAGCAUCAGACGUAACUGAGACUGGAGAAAUCGGUACCCCAGGGAGCAGCUCAAAAGCACCACCAAAUCCUUUAAGCACUGAAGAACCAAUUACAACUUUGACCAAUAAUGCUCCACCUUCUGAGCAAAGUACAGCUGAAGCAACCUUUAGCACAGAGAGCAGCUCAUCUGCAGUGCAAUUGACUACAACCAAUGAAAUAGUUUCAAGUGCUACAUCAGACAUAACUGAGUCCAGAGAAAUCACUACCUCAGAGAGCAGCUCGAGUGCAACAACAAAUUCUAUUGGCACUGUAGAACCAAUUACUAUUUCGAGCAACACUAAUCUACCUUCUGAACAAAGUACAACUGAAGAAACAUUUAGCAUAGAGAGCAGCUCAUCUGCAGUGCAAUUGACUACAACCAAUGAAAUAGUUUCAAGUGCUACAUCAGACAUAACUGAGUCCAGAGAAAUCACUACCUCAGAGAGCAGCUCGAGUGCAACAACAAAUCCUAUUGGCACUGUAGAACCAAUUACUAUUUCGAGCAACACUAAUCUACCUUCUGAACAAAGUACAACUGAAGAAACAUUUAGCAUAGAGAGCAGCUCAUCUGCAGUGCAAUCAACUACAACCAAUGAAAUAGUUUCAAGUGCUACAUCAGACAUAACUGAGUCCAGAGAAGUCACUACCUCAGAGAGCAGCUCGAGUGCAACAACAAAUCCUAUUGGCACUGUAGAACCAAUUACUAUUUCAAGCAACACUAAUCCACCGUCUGAACAAAGCACAACUGAAGAAACAUUUAGCAUAGAGAGCAGCUCAUCCACAGUGACUAUAAUGACUACAACUAAUGAAAUAGUUUCUACUGCAGCAUCAGACGUAACUGAGACUGGAGAAAUCGGUACCCCAGGGAGCAGCUCAAAAGCACCACCAAAUCCUUUAAGCACUGAAGAACCAAUUACAACUUUGACCAAUAAUGCUCCACCUUCUGAGCAAAGUACAGCUGAAGCAACCUUUAGCACAAAGAGCAGCUCAUCUGCAGUGCAAUUGACUACAACCAAUGAAAUAGUUUCAAGUGCUACACCAGACAUAACUGAGUCCAGAGAAAUCACUACCUCAGAGAGCAGCUCGAGUGCAACAACAAAUUCUAUUGGCACUGUAGAACCAAUUACUAUUUCGAUCAACACUAAUCUACCUUCUGAACAAAGUACAACUGAAGAAACAUUUAGCAUAGAGAGCAGCUCAUCUGCAGUGCAAUUGACUACAACCAAUGAAAUAGUUUCAAGUGCUACAUCAGACAUAACUGAGUCCAGAGAAGUCACUACCUCAGAGAGCAGCUCGAGUGCAACAACAAAUCCUAUUGGCACUGUAGAACCAAUUACUAUUUCGAGCAACACUAAUCUACCUUCUGAACAAAGUACAACUGAAGAAACAUUUAGCAUAGAGAGCAGCUCAUCUGCAGUGCAAUCAACUACAACCAAUGAAAUAGUUUCAAGUGCUACAUCAGACAUAACUGAGUCCAGAGAAGUCACUACCUCAGAGAGCAGCUCGAGUGCAACAACAAAUUCUAUUGGCACUGUAGAACCAAUUACUAUUUCAAGCAACACUAAUCCACCGUCUGAACAAAGCACAACUGAAGAAACAUUUAGCAUAGAGAGCAGCUCAUCCACAGUGACUAUAAUGACUACAACUAAUGAAAUAGUUUCUACUGCAGCAUCAGACGUAACUGAGACUGGAGAAAUCGGUACCCCAGGGAGCAGCUCAAAAGCACCACCAAAUCCUUUAAGCACUGAAGAACCAAUUACAACUUUGACCAAUAAUGCUCCACCUUCUGAGCAAAGUACAGCUGAAGCAACCUUUAGCACAGAGAGCAGCUCAUCUGCAGUGCAAUUGACUACAACCAAUGAAAUAGUUUCAAGUGCUACACCAGACAUAACUGAGUCCAGAGAAAUCACUACCUCAGAGAGCAGCUCGAGUGCAACAACAAAUUCUAAUGGCACUGUAGAACCAAUUACUAUUUCGAUCAACACUAAUCUACCUUCUGAACAAAGUACAACUGAAGAAACAUUUAGCAUAGAGAGCAGCUCAUCUGCAGUGCAAUUGACUACAACCAAUGAAAUAGUUUCAAGUGCUACAUCAGACAUAACUGAGUCCAGAGAAGUCACUACCUCAGAGAGCAGCUCGAGUGCAACAACAAAUCCUAUUGGCACUGUAGAACCAAUUACUAUUUCGAGCAACACUAAUCCACCUUCUGAACAAAGCACAACUGAAGAAACACCAAGCAUAGAGAGCAGCUCAUCCACAGUGACUAUAAUUACGUUGACUAAUGAAAUAGUUUCUACUGCAGCAUCAGACGUAACUGAGACUGGAGAAAUCGGUACCCCAGGGAGCAGCUCAAAAGCACCACCAAAUCCUUUAAGCACUGAAGAACCAAUUACAACUUUGACCAAUAAUGCUCCACCUUCUGAGCAAAGUACAGCUGAAGCAACCUUUAGCACAGAGAGCAGCUCAUCUGCAGUGCAAUUGACUACAACCAAUGAAAUAGUUUCAAGUGCUACACCAGACAUAACUGAGUCCAGAGAAAUCACUACCUCAGAGAGCAGCUCGAGUGCAACAACAAAUUCUAUUGGCACUGUAGAACCAAUUACUAUUUCGAUCAACACUAAUCUACCUUCUGAACAAAGUACAACUGAAGAAACAUUUAGCAUAGAGAGCAGCUCAUCUGCAGUGCAAUUGACUACAACCAAUGAAAUAGUUUCAAGUGCUACAUCAGACAUAACUGAGUCCAGAGAAGUCACUACCUCAGAGAGCAGCUUGAGUGCAACAACAAAUCCUAUUGGCACUGUAGAACCAAUUACUAUUUCAAGCAACACUAAUCCACCGUCUGAACAAAGCACAACUGAAGAAACAUUUAGCAUAGAGAGCAGCUCAUCUGCAGUGCAAUUGACUACAACUAAUGAAAUAGUUUCAAGUGCUUCAUCAGACAUAACUGAGUCCAUAGAAAUCCCUACCUCAGAGAGCAGCUCGAGUGCAACAACAAAUCCUAUUGGCACUAUAGAACCAAUUACUAUUUCAAGCUACACUAAUCCACCUUCUGAACAAAGCACAACUGAAGAAACAUUUAGCAUAGAGAGCAGCUCAUCCACAGUGACUAUAAUGAGUACGACUAAUGAAAUAGUUUCUACUGCAGCAUCAGACAUAACUGAGACUGGAGAAAUCGGUACCCCAGGGAGCCGCUCAAGUGCACCACCAAAUCCUUUAAGCACUGAAGAACCAAUUACAACUUUGACCAAUAAUGCUCCACCUUCUGAGCAAAGUACAGCUGAAGCAACCUUUAGCACACAGAGCAGCUCAUCUGCAGUGCAAUUGACUACAACCAAUGAAAUAGUUUCAAGUGCUACAUCAGACAUAACUGAGUCCAGAGAAAUCCCUACCUCAGAGAGCAGCUCGAGUGCAACAACAAAUCCUAUUGGCACUGUAGAACCAAUUACUAUUUCGAGCAACACUAAUCCACCUUCUGAACAAAGCACAACUGAAGAAACACCAAGCAUAGAGAGCAGCUCAUCCACAGUGACUAUAAUUACGUUGACUAAUGAAAUAGUUUCUAGUGCAGCAUCAGACAUAACUAAGACUGGAGAAAUCAUUACCCCAGAGAACAGCUCAAGUGCAACACCAGAUCCCAUUAGCACUGUAGAAGCAGUUUCAGCUCAGAUUAAUACUAAUCCACCUUCUGAGAAAAGUACAACAGAAGAAACCUUUAUCACAGAGAGCAUCUCAUCCACAGUAUCUAUAUUGACUACAACUAAUGUGAUCACAAAUGAAAUUGUUUCUAGUGUGGCUUCAGAAGUAACUGUGACUGGAGAUAUCAGUACCCCAGAGAGCAGCUCACGUGCAAUACCAAAUCUUUUAAGCACUGAAGAACCAAUUACACCUUUUAGAAACAGUAGUCCAUCUUCUGAGCAAAGCACAACUGAGCAAAUCAUUAGCACAGUGAGCAGCUUAUCUGCAGUGCCUAUAUUAUCUACAUCUAAUGAAAAACUUUCUAGUUCAGCAUUGCACGUAACUGAGACUGGAGACAUUUCUACCCCAGUGAGCAGCUCAAGUGCAACACCAAAUCCUAUUAGUACUGAAGAAGCAGUUUCAGCUCUGAGCAAUACUAGUCCUUCUGAGAAAAGCACAAUAGAAGAAACCGUUAGCACAGACAACAUCUCACCCACAGUGCCUAUAUUGACUACAACUAAGGUGAUCACAACUGAAGUAGUUUCUAGUGUUACAUCAGAAGUAACUGUGACUGGAGAAAUCAUUACCCCAGAGAGUAGUUCAAGUACACUACCACAUGCAAUUAGCACUGAAAAAGAAAUUACACAUUUGAGCAAAACUGCUCCACCUUCUGAACAAAGUACAACUGUAGCAAUCUUUAGCACAGAGAGCAGCACAUCUGCAGUGCCUAUAGGUAUUACAACUAAAGGAAUACUUUAUAGUGCUGCAUCAGAUGUAACUGUAACAGAAGAAAUCUCUACCCUGGAGAGCAGUUCAAGUGCAACACCAAAACCUAUUAGCACAGAAGAACCAAUUACACCUGUGAUCAGCACUACUCCUACUUCUGAUCAGAGCACAGCAGAAGAAACCUUUACUUCAGAGAGCAGCACAUCUGCACUGCCUAUAUUGACUACAACUAAUGAAAUAGUUUCUAGUGCAGCAACAGGUGUAACUGUGAUUGGUGAAAUCUCUUCCCCAGAGAGCAGCUCAAGUGCCCCACAAAAUCCAAUUAGCACUGAAGCACCAGUUACAGCUCCGAGCAGCACUAGUCCAUUGUCUGCACAAAGCACAAUUGGAGAAAUCUUGAGCACAGAGAGCAGCUCACCUGACGUGCCUAUAUUUACUACAUCUGAUGUGAUCACAAAUGAAAUAGUUUCUUCUGCAGCAUCAAAAGUACCUGUGACAGGACAAAUUGUUUCCCCAGAGAGCAACACAAGUGCACCAUCAAAUCCUAUUAGUACUGAAAAACCAAUUGCACCAUUGAGCAACACUAGUCCAGCUUCCGGGCACAGCAAAACUGAAGAAACCAUAACCACAGAGAGUAUUUCACCUGCAAUGCCUAGCCUACCCUCUGGACAAAAUGCAACAGAAGAAACCUUUACCACAAAAAUUAGAUCAUCUGCAGCGCCUGUAUUGACUACAACUGUUGAAGGAGUUUCUAGUGUAACAUCAGCAGUAAUUGUGACUAGAGAAGUUUCUACUCAAGAGAGCAGCUCCAAUGCACCACCAAAUCCUAUUAGUACUAAAGAACCAGUUACAACUCUUAGCAACACUAGUCCAUCAUCUGCACAAGGCACUACUAAAGAAAUCUUCAGCACAGACAGCAACCCAACUACAGUUCUUAUAUUGACUGAAACUAACGUGAUCACAAAUGGAAUAGUUUCCACUGCAUCUGUAAUUUCUACAUCUACAGGGUACAGUAAUAUAAGUACACCUGCAAAUCAUGUUCUUACUACAACUACAAUCAAAACAACAACUUCUCCUGCGGUUUGCAACCUACCAUGUAUGAAUGGAAAUUGCAGCUUUAAACCUGGACAUACCACUUCUAUGUGCACGUGCAAGGUUGGCUUUAGUAAUGAUCAGUCGGAGACACUCUGUAUAGAUAUCGAUGAAUGUGCACGGCACACAGACAACUGCCAGCAAGUUUGCUCUAACACGAUUGGUGGAUUCAGGUGCUCCUGCCAGAAUGGUUAUGAAACAGACCCAAACAAUCCACUGAACUGCAAUAAGAUUGACUACUGUAAAACCUCCCCCUGCAGACAUGGCCAAUGCCAAAAUGGAGUUUACAGCUACACAUGCAGUUGUAACUCAGGGUGGCAAGGAACCAACUGUGACAUAGAUGUGAAUGAAUGUGCAUCAGCAAAUGUAUGCAGCCCUAAAGGUAACUGCACCAACACAGUAGGCUCCUAUACAUGUAAAUGUAUAGCUGGCUGGACUGGACAAACCUGCAAUGAAGAUGUAGACGAAUGUCUUACAAGUCCAUGUAAAUAUGGUGGGCAAUGCAGGAAUAACAUGGGAAGUUAUACUUGCUUGUGUAAUACUGGGUACGGUGGUGUGAACUGUGAUCAAGAUAUUAAUGAGUGCCUCAAUAACCCUUGCCAUAAUGGAGCUACCUGCAAUAAUAUGAUGUUUAGUUUCUCCUGUAAUUGUAAUCCUGGCUACAUGGGCACAUUAUGCGAGACUGAAAUAAAUGAAUGUAACAGUAACCCAUGCCAAAAUGGAGGAUUGUGCAUUGAUAGAGUCAAUGGAUUCUCUUGCCAAUGUCCAGUCAACUGGCAGGGAACAACCUGCAGGGAUGAUGUGAAUGAAUGUGCUGCCCAGCCUAGUAAGUGUAGUGCAGAAGCAAUCUGUAUAAACACUCCAGGAUCCUAUACAUGCACAUGCAAAGCUGGAUAUUAUGGAGAUGGCGCUACUUGCAGAGACAUUGAUGAGUGUACACUGAAGCAAAACAACAACUGCCAGCAACUGUGCUCUAACAUGCUUGGUGGAUAUUCCUGCUCAUGCCAGAAUGGUUAUGAACAAGAUCAAAUAAGCACACAGAAAUGCAACAAAAUUGACUACUGUAAAAGCUCCCCCUGCAGAAAUGGUCAGUGUCAGAAUGGAGCCUUAGGCUAUACAUGCAGUUGCUACGCAGGAUGGAAGGGAACUAACUGUGAUACAGACGUAAAUGAGUGUGAGACCAGUCCAUGUGCUAAGGGAACCUGUAGUAACACACUGGGAUCAUUUGUGUGCUCAUGCAUGCAAGGCUGGAGAGGACCUACUUGCAACGAAGAUGUUAAUGAAUGUCUUUCAAUGCCAUGUAAAAAUGGAGGGCAAUGCACAAAUACCUUGGGAAGUUACACUUGUUUGUGUGUACCAGGAUACCAAGGUGUAAACUGCGAUCAAGAUAUCAAUGAGUGCCUGAGUAACCCUUGCUGGAAUGGAGCCAGAUGCAAUAAUCUGGUCAAUGCUUUCUCCUGUACUUGUGUUCCUGGUUACACGGGAAGAUUCUGUGAAAUCGAUAUUAAUGAAUGUGCCAGCAACCCCUGCAGAAAUGGUGGAGUGUGCAUUGAUAGAGUCAAUGGAUUCUCUUGUCGGUGUGCAGUGAAUUGGCAGGGAACAUUCUGUGAUCAGGAUGUAAAUGAAUGUGCUACGGGGCUAAGCAGAUGCAGUGUGAAAGCCUACUGUACAAACACUUAUGGAUCCUAUACAUGCACAUGCAACAGUGGAUAUUUUGGUGAUGGAUUUACCUGCAGGGAAAAACGUCUGUUUGAAUACAGAUCGGAUAUCAGAAUAACCCAACGUUUAAAAAAUUUUACCUCUCCAUUAAUUAGUGUUCCAAUGCGCUUUCCCUUUGGCUACUCAUUCUACAGCAAUUUAUAUUUCACAGACAAUGGGGUUAUCAUGUUCCAGCGUUAUUUCUAUGAACCCAUGUACAUAUACAACUAUCCCUAUAGUUAUUUCUACAGCAAUGAUUAUUUUAGGCCUCCCAUGAUUGCAGUUUUUUGGGCGGAUGCUGAUAUGUCCCAAUCAGGGGAACUGUAUUACCAGACGUAUGACUUCCAACAAUCACCAUACUAUGAGACCUCAUUCAAAACGCAACUUGAAACUGAGAUACAAACCUAUUUUAAUAAACAAAUUACAGCCCGUUGGGCUAUCAAGAUCACAUGGGAGCAAGUUCGACCAUACCCAUCGUAUUACUUCACAACAGCCAAUACAAAUACCUAUCAAGCUGUGUUAGUCACCGACGGAAUCUAUUCUUUCUGCCUUAUCCGCUUUGAUGACGGAGGAAUGAACUGGAGAUAUGAAGCACUGCCUACAUAUUAUCUCCCAAAAAUGGGAUAUUUCAGUGGCGAGCCUAGACAAAAUAAUUAUGCCAAUUCCCCAGCUCUGCCAGCAUUCAAUGACCCUCAGACAUCCAGUGGUAACCUCCAAAUGAUUUACAUGCCAGACCAGUAUAAAGGAUACAAUACUAACAGAAAUGGAUACUGGGCUUAUCGACUUGAAGCUAAUUCAGUAAACACCAGAAACUCCUGGCAGCAGUGUCUCAGCUGGUAUUACAACGAGCCAUAUCCAUACUGGUCCUUCUAUUCUCCUCCUUGUCCCUGCUCUUUCUGGCAAGCCAUAUUUGAUUCAUCAUUCACUUCAUCAAACAGACUAAAUAACUAUUAUUUCCCAAGGAAAAGCUCAGACAACUAUAUCAGCUUCCAGAGUGCAUUUUCUAGUUGGUAUGGAGGAGGCACAAGAUGUAACUAUUACUGGUCUGGAUCACUUAUCUAUGGAGAAAAAGAAAGAUUCUUGCCAACUCCUUGGACAUAUGAUAAUUUCUGGUACUGGUGGUGGUAUCCUCAAUACCAAAACUAUUUUUGGUCUACAACAUUACCAGCAUUAAGGAGUCAAUAUCAAGCUAAUGAGGUGGAUCCUUAUGAAAACUGCUGUACAUUGGGAUCUUCCUAUCUUUGUUAUCUGUAUUCACAGAAGAGGCCUCGGGAUUACUGCUAUGGUUACAUCCCACCACGUAUAGGAUUUUUCUUUGGGGACCCUCAUAUUAACACACUGGAUGGAGUCAAGUAUACCUUUAAUGGUUUAGGUGAAUUUACAUUGGUCAAUGUUAAGAACGAUAAUGGUACAAUGUUCCUGCUCCAGGGACGCACAGCCAGAGCAGGGAAUAAUGGAACAUCUCAAGCAACCAAUUUUGUGGCACUGGCGGCAGAAAUAAACAAUGAAACUACGAUUGAAUGGCAACUCUCUGACGAAAACACCACUUUUGUGAAGGUUAAUGGUACUGAAUUCCCACUGACAGUAAAUAGCACGUCACUGGGAACGAUAACCCUGGAAACCACAACUGAGAAAGAACUCAAAGCCUCUUUUGUUGGUGGUAUCUCAGUGGCAGUUACUGCAAAGUUUGGGGCCCUGAGCUUUGUAGCAACAUUGGAUUCAUCAUAUCAGAACAAAACAGAAGGACUUCUGGGUUUGUUCAAUGGGGAUACCACAGAUGACUUGAUGUAUUAUAAUGGAACACGUAUAAAUUAUGAUGGUGUUAAACUUCCCAAUGAUUCUGUUAUUUUUGAGAUGGGAAUGACAUGGAAAACAACUCCAAAUAGCAGCAUUUUUAGUUACAACUCAACAAAUAAUGAAUCUUGGUACAGCUACAACAAUAAUAGCUUUGUACCCCUAUUUUACGAUGAACUGCUGCAGAUUAGAAACAAAACACUUAUUGACUCAGCAAAUGCAACGUGUAAAGGAAAUGAUGAAUGUAUAUUUGACAUCCUGAGCACUGGAAAUCUUGCGAUUGGAGAAGCCACGCUUGGUGCAGCAAACUCGGCUACAGCACAAGAAAGCAGCAUGAAUAAUUUCCCUCCAAACAUAACUGGACCAAGCACAAUUUAUGGAACACUAAAUAAAGUACUGAGGGUGAACUACACAGUAAUUGACGAGAACAAUGAUCAUGUGGUGUUGACUUUACAGACAAAUUCCAAGGAUAUAACAAUUGAUGCUGAUGGCACACUGUUAUGGAAUGCAACAAGCUUAGACCCAUUUAAUGUCACUAUCGAGGCAAAUGACUCUAAAUCAGUCACUAAUUUUAUCCUUACACUGGUGCUGUGUAAUUGCUCAAACAAUGGCGAAUGCCUCUUUAAUAAAAAUAUCAGUAUUCCGGAUUACCCUAAUUUCAAGAUGGCUGGAUGUAACUGUUCUGAUGCAUGGACUGGAAUUUACUGUGAAGAUGAUUUUGAUGGCUGUUUGGAAAAUCGAUGUUUUGUAAACAAUACUUGUAAUGAUACGAAAGCUCCUGGUAUAGGUUUUACCUGUGGUCCAUGUCCUUCUGGCAUGAUAGGAGAUGGAAUAGAUUGUUCUGAUAUUGAUGAAUGUUAUCUUAACAUAUCAAACUGUGAACAGAUAUGUAACAAUAUCCCGAGAGGGUACAACUGCAGCUGUAGGGAAGGUUACAAAGUUAGUGAAACCAACAGCUCUAAGUGUGAAGAUAUUAAUGAAUGUCAAAACACAACUGUUAACCUGUGUGGUGCGAAUACAGAGUGUACUAAUGUUCCUGGAAACUAUUCAUGCCAGUGCAAAGAUGGAUAUACUGGGGACCCUACUGUUCUUUGUGUUGAUAUCAAUGAAUGUGCUGCGAAUGUGUCUCUGUGUCCAAAUACAUCAACUUGUACCAACACCAAUGGCUCAUACAUAUGCGACUGUCUGCCAGGCUAUAAUGGGACUAACUGCACAGAUAUAAAUGAAUGUGAGACAAAUAACACAUGCCCCCAGAAUUCCACUUGUAAUAACAUUAUUGGCUCCUACAUAUGUAACUGUAACACCGGCUUCGAAGGAGAAAAUUGCACUGAUAUUGAUGAAUGCUCCAUUGGAACGGAUACCUGUGGCCCUAAUUCACUUUGCUUUAACACAUAUGGGUCCUUUAGAUGCGAAUGUGUAACUGGAUACACAGGCGAUGGCGUACAAUGUGAAGAUAUUAAUGAGUGCAUGAGUAAUAUCUCUGUCUGUGAUGAACAUAGCACCUGUCUGAAUACCAACAGCAGCUACAUUUGCGAAUGCAAUGACGGAUUUACAAACGAUAAUGGAUCUUGCAUAGAUAUUAAUGAAUGUAACUCUACAUCUUACUGCACGGCUGUUGGACAAAUAUGCGAAAAUACCGUGGGCAGCUAUAUAUGUAAUUGUACAACCGGUUACAUUUUGGGCAAUAAUACAUGCAUAGAUAUUAAUGAAUGUGAAUCGAAUACCACAAACAACUGCUCAAGCAAUGCAUUCUGCUCUAACAUAGCUGGCUCAUAUGUCUGUCAGUGCUUUAGCAACUAUAUCGGUGAUGGUGUCAAUUGCACAGAUAUUGACGAGUGCCAUCAAAAUUCAUCAAUAUGUGAACAGCUUUGUUAUAAUAUCCUGGGUGGAUACAACUGUAGUUGUAAGGAAGGAUACAAAACCAGUGAGGUGAACAGCGCUAUGUGUGAAGAUAUUGAUGAAUGUCAGAACAGCAGUGUGUGUGGUGAGAAUACAGUGUGCAUUAAUGGACCUGGUAAUUACACGUGUCAGUGCAAAGAUGGGUAUGGAGGAAACCCCACUAUACAAUGUGUUGAUAUAAAUGAAUGUGAGGCCAAUAACACAUGCCCCCAAAAUUCCAUUUGUAAUAACACAGUUGGCUCCUACCAAUGUGAAUGUAAUUCUGGCUAUGAAGGAACAAACUGCACAGAUAUUGAUGAAUGUGCCACUUCACAGUAUAACUGCACCAGCUAUUCAGUCUGUGUCAACACAAAUGGGUCCUAUAAUUGCUCAUGUCAACCUGGAUUCACAGCAACUGGUCUACAAUGUACAGAUAUUGAUGAGUGCAUGAGUAACAGUUCUCUCUGUAAUGAACACAGCACUUGCGAAAACAUCAUAGGCGGUUACCUUUGUAAAUGUGAUGUGGGAUUUAUAGAUGUCAACGGUACAUGUGCAGAUAUUAAUGAAUGCAGCUCUACAUCCUAUUGCUCAGCUGACGGACAGGAAUGUGAAAAUAGUUUAGGCAGCUUUACAUGCAAAUGCAGAGACGGUUACAUUAUGACCAACGCCACCUGCUUAGAUAUUGAUGAAUGCACUACUAACACAAGCAAUUGCUCGAUUAAUGCAUUCUGCAUCAACAUUGGUGGCUCCUUCGUCUGCCAGUGCAAAAGCAACUAUACAGGCGAUGGUGUUACUUGCACAGAAAUUGUUCCUACGUCGAUGCCAACUACUUUACCAACAAUAGUGUCUACUCUAACAGAGACAAUAAUAAACCACACAACAGAAGUAACAACUGGAGACAUAAAUGAGACAAGUUAUGUGCCCAUGACCAGUAGUAGUAAUGCCACAUCUCCUGAACUGAACACUGAAAAUCAGACAACAUCUGUGUAUAACUCAACAACUCUCCCAUCUGAAACGACAAGCAGUGUUACUAGUCCUUUAUCUAUUACCAACAACAUUGAUGUCACUUCUUCUGGACCCCAUUCUUUAAAUUCUGAACCCAGUUCAAUGACUGUUCUUGUUACUGAGACAUCAGACACUGCAAGUACAGUAAAUCCAAGCACAUCUGUAUAUGACACAUCGACUGUGACAACUGAACAUGUAAUUGUUGAAACUAGUCCAGUACCUCUAUCUGCCACUUCUGAAACUCACACAACUUCUGUGUCCAACCCAACAACUCUACCAUCUGAAACUACAAGCAGUGUUACUAGUCCUGAAUCUGUUACCAGCAAUAUUGAUGUCACUUCUUUUGGACCCCCUUCUUUUAGUUCUGAACCCAGUUCAACAACUGCUCUUGUUACUGAGACAUCAGACACUGCAAGUACAGUGAAUCCAAGCACACCUGUAUAUGAUACAUCUACUGUGACAACUGAACAUGUGACUCUUGGAACUAGUCCAGUACCUCUUCCUGUCAUUUCUGAAACUUCAGGUAGUCCAAGUACAACAAACCUGACCACAAAUAUAUAUAAUACAUCACCCAUAACUACUGAAAAUAACCCAGUCGCUACUACUUUAAGUGAUGUUACUGGCAUCUCUUCAGCAUCAGAUACUUCAAGUACCAUAAUCCAGAACACAUCCGAAUAUAUUACAUCAGCCAUUAGCCACACAACAACACUAACAACUGAAAACAUAAGUGAGACAAGUUUUGUGCCUGUGACCAGCCAUAGUCUUGUUACAUCUAUCGAACUGAACACUGAAACUCACACAUCUGUGUCCAACCCAACAACUCUCCAAUCUGGAGCUGUGAGCAGCGUGACUAGUCCUGAAUCUGGUACCAGCAACAUUGAUGUCACUUCUUUUGGACCCCAUUCUUUAAGUUCUGAACCCAGUGCAACAACUGUUCUUGUUACUGUGAUAUCAGACACUACAAAUACAGUGAAUCCAAACACAUCUGUAUAUGACACAUCGACUGUGACAACUGAACAUAUAAUUGUUGGAACUAUUCCAGUAGCUGUUUCUGCCACUUCUGAAACCUUAGGUAGUCCAAGUACAACAAACCUGACUACAAAUUUAUAUAAUACGUCACCCAUAAUUACUGAAAAUAACCCAGUCACUACCACUGCAAGUGAUGUUACUGGCAUCUCUUCAGCAUCAGAUACUUCAAGUACCAUAAUCCAGAACACAUCUGAAUAUAUUACAACAGCCAUAAGCCACACAACAGAACUAACAACUGAAAACAUAAGUGAGACAAGUUUUGUGCCUGUGACCAGCCAUAGUCUUGUUACAUCUCCUGAACUGAACACUGAAACUCACACAACUUCUGUGUCCAACCCAACAACUCUCUCAUCUGGAACUGUGAGCAGUGUGGCUAGUCCUGAAUCUGUUCCCAGCAACAUUGAUGUCACUUCUUCUGGACCCCCUUCUUUAAGUUCUGAACCCAGUGCAACAACUGUUCUUGUUACUGUGAUAUCAGACACUGCAAGUACAGUGAGUCCAAGCACAUCUGCAUUUGAUACAUCUACUGUGACAACUGAACAUGUGACUGUUGGAACUAGUCCAGUACCUCUUCCUGUCACUUCUGAAACUUUAGGUAUUCCAAGUACAACAAACCUGACCACAAAUUUAUAUAAUACGUCACCCAUAACUACUGCAAAUAACCCAGUCGCUACCACUGUAAGUGAUGUUACUGGCAUCUCUUCAGCAUCAGAUACUUCAAGUUCCAUAAUCCAGAAGACAUCCGAAUAUAUUAUAUCAGCCAUUAGCCACACAACAGCACUAACAACUGAAAACAUAAGUGAGACAAGUUCUGUGCCUGUGUCCAGCCAUAGUCUUGUUACAUCUCCCGAACUGAACACUGAAACUCACACAACUUCUGUGUCCAACCCAACAACUCUACCAUCUGAAACUACAAGCAGUGUUACUAGUCCUGAAUCUGUUACCAACAAUAUUGAUGUCACUUCUUCUGGACCCCCUUCUUUAAGUUCUGAACCCAGUGCAACAACUGUUCUUGUUACUGUGAUAUCAGACACUUCAAGUACAGUGAGUCCAAGCACAUCUGCAUUUGAUACAUCUACUGUGACAACUGAACAUGUGACUGUUGGAACUAGUCCAGUACCUCUUUCUGUCACUUCUGAAACUUCAGGUAUUCCAAGUACAACAAACCUGACCACAAAUUUAUAUAAUACGUCACCCAUAACUACUGCAAAUAACCCAGUUGCUACCACUUUAAGUGAUGUUUCUGGCAUCUCUUCAGCAUCAGAUACUUCAAGUACCAUAAUCCAGAACACAUCUGAAUAUAUUAUAUCAGCCAUUAGCCACACAACAACACUAACAACUGAAAACAUAAGUGAGACAAGUUUUGUGCCUGUGACCAGCCAUAGUCUUGUUACAUCUCCCGAACUGAACACUGAAACUCACACAUCUGUGUCCAACCCAACAAUUCUCCAAUCUGGAGCUGUGAGCAGCGUGACUAGUCCUGAAUCUGGUACCAGCAACAGUGAUGUCACUUCUGCUGGACCCCCUUCUUUAAGUUCUGAACCCAGUGCAACAACUGUUCUUGUUACUGUGAUAUCAGACACUGCAAGUACAGUGAGUCCAAGCACAUCUGCAUUUGAUACAUCUACUGUGACAACUGAACAUGUGACUGUUGGAACUAGUCCAGUACCUCUUUCUGCCACUUCUGAAACCUUAGGCAUUCCAAGUACAACAAACCUGACCACAAAUAUAUAUAAUACGUCACCCAUAACUACUGUAAAUAACCCAGUCGCUACCACUGUAAGUGAUGUUACUGGCAUCUCUUCAGCAUCAGAUACUUCAAGUACCAUAACCCAGACCACAUCUGAAUAUAUUACAACAGCCAUAAGCCACACAACAACACUAACAACUGAAAACAUAAGUGCGACAAGUUUUGUGCCCAAAACCAGCCAUAAUCUUGUUACAUCUCCAACACCUCUCCCAUCUGGAACUGUGAGCAGUGUGACUAGUCCUGAAUUUGUUACCAGCAACAUUGAUGUUACUUCUUCUGGACCCCAUUCUUUAAGUUUUGAACCCAGUUCAACAACUGUUCUUGUCACUGCGAUAUCAGACACUGCAAGUACAGUUAAUUCAAGUACAUCUGUAUAUACCACCUCAACAACAACAACCAGUGGGUUAACUGUGAACACCGGUGAAACAUCAACAACUACUGGCACAACAUUAAUAACAAACAACAUAGCAACAACAAAUGUUUCAUCAUCAACAACAAUCACUGUUACUCUGAGCACAGGUGAAUCGACAACCAUUGCUGCAACAACAACAACCACAGGUGUAACAACUGCCACUGGUGCCACAACAAACACUGAAUCAACAACCACUGGUGCAACAACAACCACUACUACAGCAACAAUAGCCAGUGGCACAUCCACUGCUAUGGAUACUGCUGCUGUAAUAACAACAGGGAGAACAACCUCCACUGGUGCAACAACAAACACUGACACAAUUGCUGUUGCAAAAACAAACACUGCUCCAACAACAACAAACCCUGUUACCAUAAGUACUGCUGCAACAACAAAAACCACUGGCACAACAGCUGCUGCUGUAAUAAUAAAUACUGGUACAACAUCAAAUACUGAUACAACAACCACAGUUCCCGUAAGCACGGGUGCUACAGCAACAACUAUUGGUACAACAACUACUGCUGCUGUAAUAACAACCACAGGUACAACAACUACCACUGGUGCAACAACAAACACUGACACAACUGUUGCUGCAACAACAAGCACUGCUCCAAUCGUAACAAAUACUGUUAUGAUGAGCACUGCUGCAACAACCGCUGACACAACAGCUGCUGCUAUAAUAACCACUGGUACAACAUCAAACACUGAUACAACUACCACUAGUGAAACAACAAUACAUACUGUUCCUCUAAGUACGGGUGCCACAACAACAUCUACUCGGACAACAACUACUGCUGCUGUAAUAUUAACCACAGGUACAGCAAACACCACUGGUGCAACAACAAACACUGACACAACUGUUUCUACAACAACAACCACUGCUCCAACAGCAACAAAUACUGCUAUGACGAGCACUGCUGCAACAACCGCUGACACAACAGCUGCUGCUAUAAUAACCACUGGUACAACAUCAAACACUGAUACAACAACCACUGGUGCAACAACAAUACAUACUGUUCCCCUAAGUGAGGGUGCCACAACAACAUCUACUCGUACAACAACUACUGCUGCUGUAAUAUCAACCACAGGUACAGCAAACACCACUGGUGCAACAACAAACACUGACACAACUGUUGCUGCAACAACAACCACUGCUCCAACAAGAACAACAAACACUGGUACAAUGAGCACUGCUGCAACAACAACAGUUGGCACAACAGCUGCUGCAAUAAUAAACACUGGUGCAACAACAAUAGCUGACACAACUGUUGCUGCAACAACAACCACUGCUCCAACAACAACAAACACUGUUAACUUGAGCACAGGUAAUACAAUAACAGCAUCUGCUGCUACAACAAACAUGACUGUAACAACUACCACUGCUGAACCUACAACCACAACAACUACUACCACUGCAACAACUACCACCCCAACCUCUACUCCCAAAAUAACAACUUCACCCGUAAUGCUUCAAGCUGUCCCCCUCUUCCCUUAUGGGAAAGGCGAAAACGAUAUAGAAUUUGUACAGAAAAAAGAAGAUUUCACGUCUCCACUCUUCCAGCCACAAUUAGGUUUUCCUUUUGGGAACAAGCUGCGGACUAAUAUUUAUUACACUGACAACGGACAGAUCAUCUUCCCAGCAUCUCAAAAUGACAUCUUCUCCUAUACUAAUCCACCAGUUAAUGGGUUUCCUGUAGACUAUUCUGUGGCAAUGAUCGCUGUGUUUUGGGAUGAUGCAGAUUUCUCCAAUAUUGGGACCACCUAUUAUCAGGAAUACACUAAAACUAAUCCAAGCACUGGAAGCAAUUCCACAUUUCAAGGUGUUGAAGAAAUGGUCAGAAAAUAUUUUAAUGCCAAUUACAAUGCUCAGUGGAUUUUAAAGAUUACGUGGGAAAAGGCUCCUCCAUUCCUAGCUACAGCAGAUAAUACACAGACCAUUACGUACCAAGCUGUGCUGACCACUGAUGGCUAUAUAUCCUAUGUCUUGAUGCUAUACAAAGAUGGCCAAAUGAACUGGGAUGUGAGCAGUCGUGUAGCCAAUGUCGUAAUUGGUUAUUCCAGUGGCAAUGGUGAUGGUUUUUACAAAAAUGAUGACCAGAUGAAACGCCCAGUAGCUGAAAGAUAUCGUCCUAAUAACUACCAAGGAUUUAAAUCAGCCAAUGUUCGAGGCCUCUGGAUAUAUAGCUUGAACAGCCAGGCUGUGGAUAACAACCGCAUGACAUGUAUGAACUGGAUCAAUUCUCAGCCUGCUCCCUCAGAGUGGAAUUCAGGUUUAGUGUCCUGUCCAUGUUUAUACCAGCAAGGGCUCUCUGAUUCCAGAUUCAGAAAAACCAAAGCAGGGACGUCUGGCAGCAUCACUAUGCUUCGAAGUUCAGUGUCCAGUAGGUUAAAGGCUGGUGUUAGGUGCCUGUACUUAAGAAAAAGACAGUUUUUAGAAGGCUUCCAAGAAAGGUAUUGGAUAUCUCCAUCCUCUCAGUCUGAUCCAGAGCUCCUGGCUUAUGAUACUUGCUGCAAUCAGUUGGAUGACCCAUGGUUCUGUUCAUUGUACAUGCAAAAGAGGCCCGAAAUCAAUUGCAGAAGUUAUAGGCCAUUAUCUUCUGGGUCGAGUAUUGGAGACCCGCAUAUUUCAACUUUGGAUGGGCUCGCUUAUACCUUCAAUGGGCUGGAUGAUUUUAUCCUCUUAAAUGCAACAGAUUCUACAACUUCCGUAAUUCUACAGGGACGGACAGAGCAGACUGGGACUGCACUGGCCACUAACUUUAAGGCAUUUGCAUUAAACUACAACUCUAACACAUCAAAUGUUACAGUUGAGUGGUAUCUUGGAGGAAAUGACACAAUAACAACCUAUGUUAAUGGUCAGAAAGUCUCAUUCAGCUAUUCAGACGAUAUGGAAACACUGAUAAAUAACACAAAUCCAGAUGUUUUCUUGGUGAUGAAUAAUUCAAGCAAUGCAAACGUUGGAGGUACCGUUGCUGUGUCAGUGUCAGCCUAUUAUGGAAUAUUGAAUGCCAUAACAUAUCUCCCAUCAGAAUUCUUUGGACAAACCCAAGGCUUAUUGGGAGUGUGGAACUCAGACAAGAACGAUGAUUUUAAGAUGCCAAAUGGAACCGGGAUUAGUAUAAACAGCUCCGACGAAGAGAUUUAUAACUACGGGAUGUUGUGGAAGGUCACUGGAGUCAACCUAUUUACUGAAUCAAGGACACAGCAAAAAGAUAGUGGCACAUUCAAACCUCUCUUCCUGGAUGAUCUGAAGAGACAGAAUGCUUCCAGAUAUAAUGAGCUGGCAAAAACCUGCAAAGACAAUUCAGAAUGUAUUUAUGAUGCUUUGGUGACCAACAAUACUGAUUUGGCUUUAUCAACUCAACGAGCUAUAGCAACAGUUCAAGAAACAAAAGCUCUUCUGAAUGCCAUACCACCUUAUAUUUCUGGUAACAAUACCAUCCAGGCUUUCAUGAAUCAAACAGUCACUGUGCAAUACGCUUCCAAUGGGACAGGAGUCACUUUUGCUGCAGAUUCCCCAUAUAAAGAUAUCAACAUAACCUCAAAUGGCUCUCUGACUUGGACUCCAACAAUUACUGAGGGAUUCACCUUUCAGCUAGUAGCUACGGAUUCACAGAACUUUUCUUCAGCCUUGAUGCUAAAGUUUGUAGUCUGUAAUUGUCGUUUGGCAAGUGAAUGUGGCUACAAUCAAACAACUACAGUCAAGAAUACUUCUCUGUCUAUUGCAAGUUGCAGCUGCACCGGCAAUUACAGCGGGACAUUCUGUCAGACUCCUCCAAACCGCUGUGCUCAGGGAUGUUACGCUAAUGUAUCAUGUGACAAUACUACUGGCUGUGGAAAAUGUCCUGUGGGCCUUACUGGUGAUGGGCUGCAUUGCAAAGAUAUAGAUGAAUGCUCUCUGCCUAACAUUUGUUCACCAAAUGCCAUAUGUGUAAAUACCUUGCAGAGUUAUUACUGCAGCUGCAAACCAGGGUUUACUGGUAAUGGAUCCUUCUGUAAUGAUAUUAAUGAAUGUGAUAAGAAUCCAUGUGAUACUAAUGCUGUAUGCAACAACACCCAAGGAAAUUACACAUGUGCCUGUAAGACUGGAUUUACAGGUAAUGGAUUCUUCUGUAAUGAUACUAAUGAAUGUGAUAAGAAUCCAUGUGAUACUAAUGCUGUGUGCAACAACACCCAAGGAAAUUACACAUGUACCUGUAAGACUGGAUUUACAGGCGAUGGAUUUUCUUGUGUUGAUUUCAAUGAAUGUACCAAUGCAAGUAUUUGCAUAAGUAAUGCAACCUGUGAGAACAGUGCAGGAAGCUACACAUGUCGCUGCAAGAAUGGAUUUACAGGAAAUGGUACUGUCUGUACAUGUGAUUUUUGUGAAUCAAAUUAUUGCUUGAACGGUGGGACCUGCAAAAGAGAAGGAGAGAAAUGUACCCAAACGUGCAGCUGCAAAUCAGCAUUUAGUGGAAGCAGAUGUGAAACACUACAACAAGAAUUCUCUGCACAGUUUGUAUCUGGUGUACCAAAGAGAACUGUGCGUAUUUAUUUUAAUCCAUAUGGACCCACCAAUGAGAAAGAAGCUACAGGAAAUGUUUCUCAGUACAUAAACAGUACCCGUUUUGCACAGUUUAACAACUUGAGUGAUUUCACUGCACCAAGCAAUGCUAACAACGACAAGAAGAAUUUGUCACACAUCACAGCUGAAUUUCGAUAUGAUACAAACCGGACAGUAAUUAAUUAUCUGAAUAACGAGUUGGUGAAAGAGAUGCAGCAAGCGCUUAAUACUACAAAUUCAAGUAGCACUAGCCGGGCAACCACACUGUCAAUUUAUAAUGAUGUGGAAAGUAGAAACUUUUCGACUCUGGAGCAACUGCAAAAUAUGACUGUCUGCGAUGCUGGUGAUUAUAGUGGCGGUUACAUUGUGGAUGAAAACUUUAGAUGUGUUUCAAGGUGUAUUGGUUAUUGCCACAAUGAAGGACAAUGCACACUGCUAUUGAGUGGACCUUUCUGCAACUGUACCUCCUUCACCAUGUACACCGUCACUGGGAAGCAAUGUGACAAUCUCUCCAUGAACCUGAAUGCUUUCUUUGGUAUAUUAUUUGGAGCUUUGGCAUUCCUUUUCCUCCUUAUGUUGGGCAUUGGAUUAGCUAUCUUCUACUGUCGCCGGAAUCAUAAUAAAGAUGAUACAGAAAGAAUGUUCCCGACUACAUUUAGUACAAAAAGAUCUCCAUUUUCCAGCUUUACUACCCUGAAAGAAUCCAAUAUACCAGUAAUGUCCACUAAUACAAGAAAUGAACCCCACCUGGUUAGCUGGAAACCUCAUCUGGAGAAAGUUGGCAGCUUUUCUGAGGUGAAGAUAAAAAGACCGGAUAUAAAAACCUGAACAGCUGCUUUAUAGAAAAAACGUUUACGUCAAUGAAGUUUUACCUGGUUUACUAAAACUGAGAUAUCCAAUGAUUGUGUCCUAUGCUUUGAUUCAAAGUCAAAUAUACAUGGCAAUUGCCUCUUCCUCUAUAAGUAAUAAAUGCACUUUUACUUUAUGAUAAAGAUAACAUUUAUUUAUUACGCCCUGUUUAAGAGCAACAAUCGUGGCCAGCAGCAUCUGUGUACUUAUUUGUUAUAUUCUUAAGAACAAAUUUAAUUUGAUAAAUUAUCGCUGUCUUUGUCUUAUUUUGCUAGUGUUUACAUAAUGACCAGUGCAAUGUAGGGAGAGUGUCAGGAUAGUCAUAUAAGUUAUAACGACUGCCGUAUAAUUACUAUUACUGAACAAGCCUUACUGUACACCAUAUGCCUUUCUACUUUCUUAUCACUUGAUACUUUAAGAGAAAUUAUCUUUUACAGAUUUAUUUUGACAUACCUCAGGUUUAAAACAAAAUCCCUUUUGCACGAUUUAUGUACUUUUUUUAAAAAAAACAAAGAAUAUAUUUUUAUAUCAGCUUUUAAAGAUUAUGGUUCUGGAGAUAUUUUUAUUUUGAUCUGUCGCUAAAAGGUUUAUUAAUUUAUCAAGUUGCAAGCAUUGUAAAAUAAAAAAAAAUAAGUCUAUGCUUUAGGAUGAGAUAUGUUUAUGGUUAAACAUUAAUGAUUCUCUAUUUAAUCUUAUUUAUGUUACUAAAAUUUUAAUAAAAUUAUUUUCCUGCACAUUAAA